GGAAAGGCGGCUGAUGAGAUGGAGUGCUUCCUUCACCUGUGUUCUCUGGUUUGUCUGGAGUGUUUGCAAGUCAGUCAUCAUAGUGGCAGCUUCCGCCUGCUGCAGGAUAUUUAUAUAUGGAAGCAUACCAUGGCAGGAGUGCUGGAAAGGUGGUGUCAGCUAACAGUUGCUUCAGCCAGAUAAGGACGGGACAAUGACUCAUUCUUCCCAGGACACUGGUUCUUGUGGCAUUCAGGAAGAUGGAAAGCUUUAUGUGGUGGAUUCCAUAAAUGACUUAAACAAACUAAACCUCUGUCCAGCCGGAUCGCAGCAUCUGUUCCCUCUAGAGGACAAAAUCCCAGUCCUUGGCACAAACUCAGGAAAUGGAAGCCGGAGUCUGUUUUUUGUGGGGCUGCUAAUUGUGCUGAUUGUCAGCCUGGCACUGGUUUUUUUCGUUAUAUUUCUAAUAGUUCAAACUGGAAACAAGAUGGAUGAUGUGUCAAGAAGACUAACAGCUGAAGGAAAAGACAUAGAUGAUCUUAAGAGAAUCAAUAACAUGAUCGUAAAGCGACUCAACCAACUCAACCAACUGGACUCUGAACAAAACUAAAGAAAUGAUUUUCUGAAAGCACCUGCUAACACCUUGAGCUUCUUACUUUCCUGGGAGUGUACAGGGUUAGGAACUGAGAAAGUGCACUUCUUCAGGCAACAGAUGAUCUGGUCAGGGAACCCACCCCUGGGGCCCACUUUUUGUGCAAAAUGGGAGCAAUUCCAAGGCAAGUGGGUAUGGGAAUAGCAACUAAAAAGGGGUGAACUUGUCUCAGCCCCCUUUUAUGGUAGGGAGCUUCAACUUUAAUUGGGUAGGCAGCUAGCAGGGAGGAGAAUCAACAAAGCAAGAUAACUUGACUAUGUACGUCCAACUUCUUACAGAAGGAGCUUUGCUACCAGAACAAGUUCACCGUGUCAGUGAAGUUCAUGACACCUCAUACACCUUUACAGAUGUCUGGGAAAGCCUGAGAAAUUCAUUGAGUUUUAUGUGUUGAAGGGAACCAGGUGAUUACUCUUUUCAAUAAGAGGGAUUCUGCUCAGGUGAUUAGACUUUGACUCUAUUUCCCCAGGGACAGCGAUGGGUGGGCCCCAGAGCUAGUUGCUGUCUGGUGUUUGCUGGUGAAAACAUGAGCAGUAGUUAUGUGGGGUUGGGGGUCAAAAGGGAAAGCCUAAUUAAUUCAGCUAAUGUUUAUUAAGCUCCUACUCUGUACAAAUCACUCUACUCAAGAGGAGCUUACAUAACAGUGCAGGAUAAAGAAAGGAGAUGGACAGUUAUAUGUAAUUAUAUAAGCUUUGUGUGUUUUGUUUCUCAUGGAAAAAGCACUUUGGUACCGUGCUGAUUGAUUUGGAAGAAAUCUGAUAGAUUUGUGGCCUUUGCUAAAUUACACUAGGAAAUUAUGUAGUUAGAAUAUUUGGAACCUGCAUUAGUUCCAGCAAUGAAAGUAAGACACACAGCAUAUGACAUAAGGUACAGUGUGAAAUAAAUGAGUUUAAAAAGCAUAUGAGUCUUAGAAAAUCUUUUAUUUAAUAUAAAAAUAUUCUACCAGUCAAUUGAAGAAGUAUUAUGAUUCUAUCAUUUUGGAUUGAUCAAAAACAUUUGGGUUUACCAGGAUAUUAAGCAUUCACUUUACAAUACUAAAUAGUUAAUGAAAUAAACACAUUUUGCUUAUCCA